AUGGCCGACGCUUUAGUUACUGUUGUUGCCGAGGCGAUUCUGAAAAAGGUGGCAUCCAUAGCUGCCAACGAAAUCGGCAUUGUUUGGGGUUACAAAGAGAAGUUGCACACGCUUGAAGGGACCUUGAAAAUGAUCCGUGCCAAGUUACAGGAUGCAGAGAAUGAAAAAGGUAAAAAACAUGGGGUGAUGGAGUGGCUGAAACAGCUAAAAGAUGUUGUUGGUGAAGCUGAUGAUGUGAUGGAUGAGGUUCACUACGAAAUGUUGAGGCGUGAGGUAAAGAAUCGAGAUCAGGUAAGAAUAAAGGCACCCUCUCUUCCAAGCUUGAAAAAGUUUUUAUUUCGUAGAGAACUGGGUCAUAAAAUCAAAAACAUUAACGAAAAGUUGUCUCAAAUCAAUAAGGAUGCAAACGACUUGGGACUACAAAAUGAACAGCCUGGCCCUGUUGUUCCAUAUCGUCCAUAUCCGGAGACUGUCCCAAAUUUAGACGAAUUCAAAAUUGUUGGGAGGGAGGAUGAAGAAGAGCGCAUCAUACACCUAUUAACCGAGUCAAGAAAAGAAGAAAAGCUUACGAUUGUUCCCAUUACGGGAAUGGGCGGGAUGGGGAAGACCACUCUGGCUAAGUCCGUAUACAAUAAUAUAAAAAUCCAGCAAUAUUUUGAUGUGAAAGCUUGGUUGUGUGUGUCUGUUAAGGUUGACAUCAACACACUUCUGGCAAAGAUCUAUGAAUCUGUGGCAGGAGAGAAACCUAAGUCUGUUGAAAUGGCCAAUUUAAUUAUCUCUCUUGAAGAGAAGUUGGGUUCAAAAAGAUAUUUGUUAGUUCUGGAUGACGUUUGGGAUGAAGGGAGAUCACACUGGGAAGAAUUUAAGAGGCAUAUGAUGAUGAUAAAGUCACAAAUUGGAAGUGGCGUUAUUGUCACUACCCGAAAACUUGACAUAGGAACAAAGGCUAUGACAAUGGAUUCAUGUCCUUUAAAAGGUCUUUCUGAUGAUCAUUGUUGGAAUAUCUUUAAAGAGAGGGCCUUUCUAGCAGGACAAUCACCACCACCCGAAUUGGAGAAGAUAGGACAUGAUAUUGUGGAAAAGUGUCGUGGUUUGCCGUUGCUAGUAAAGGUAAUAGGAGGGGUGUUGCAAAAUUACAGUGACCCAAAGAAGUGGUUGGCGAUCAGAAAUAGCAAAGUUUGGGAUCUAGAAGAUGAAACGGAGAGAGUUCAAAAGAGUUUGGAACUUAGCUUAGAUAAUCUGCCUAGACGUUCUAUAGCCAAACAAUGUUUUGCAUCUUGUUCAAUCUUUAAGAAAGAUAAGGUCAUGAAAAGGAAAAAACUGGUCCAACUUUGGAUGGCUUUAGGGUUGAUUCAAGCAGAUGAGGAAAGAAACAAGGAGAUGGAGGAUGUGGGGAAUGAUAUUUUUCAAAUUUUGGUCAGCAAUUCGUUGUUCCAAGAUGUUAGAAGGGAUGAGGAUGGUCACAUCACUCAUUGUAGCAUGCAUGAUCUGGUGCAUGAUCUUUCAUUAUUACUUUCCAAUUUUGAAAGCAAAUGUUUGGUGGGUGUGAUGAAUGAUGACUUUUGCCAAGAAAAUACCAACGUUUUCUUUCUCAUUGAAAGUAUAAUGACGGCUCGAACUUUGCGUACGUGCUUCUUCUUCAGGGAGGUUGAAAAGAAUGUUUCAUUUCAACAAUUCAAGAGCAUGCGUAUCCUAAUACUUGAAAGAUCUGGAAUAAAGAAGAUAGACGAUUCAAUUGGAGGGUUGGUGCAUCUCAGGUAUCUUGAUUUGUCAUAUACAAGGAUCCGUGUUCUUCCUGAAUCUAUUGGUAACUUGUACCACUUGCAAACUCUGAAGUUGCAAUAUUGCUAUCAUCUUAACAAGUUUCCAGAAUCCAUGAGAAAUUUGAUAAGCCUGCGAUAUUGUAAAUCUGUUGGAAGCAUUCCCAACAAUAUCGUGGGACAAUUGACUUCUCUUCGAACAUUAAUGCCUAAUUCCUUCAGUGUGCUUAGAAAUAAGGAACACGGUAUUAAAGAGCUAAGCCGUUUGAAACACCUCAGUGGAAAGCUCUGUAUUUCCAAUCUAGAAUAUGUCAGGAGCAAAGAGGAUGCAGUCAUGGCAGAUUUAUCUGGUAAAAAAAAUUUAAACGAGAUUGAAUUCGAAUGGAAUACAAGUUAUGGAAACGACAAGGAAGUAUUGGAAGGCUUGCAACCGCCUGGAGAUGUGAAAAUAUUGACAAUUACAAGUUUUUCUGGUGAUAAUUUUCCAGAAUGGGUAAUGAAGAUGGCAGUCAAUAUUGAUGGGAAAGAGACGCCCCUUGACAAGCUCGUGUCAGUCACAUUAUCUGACUGUAGGAGAUGCCUCUCUCUUCCGACGCUUGAGCACCUACCACAUCUUCUGGAUCUUGAGUUGAUUAAUAUGGACAACUUGACAUGCUUAAGGAGUUCCGAUGUUACUGGAUCUACCAAGCCUUUGUCUCCUUCCUUGAGAUCGCUCCGACUAGAAUGCAUGAAAAGGCUGGAAAAGUGGAUAGAUGGAGCACCCAACAGCUCAAAAAUGAUAUCGCCUGUCCUCCAGAGCUUGGAUAUCGAGAAUUGCCCGAAUAUUAUUCUCUUAGAUGAAUGCCAUCCCCAUCCUCUUGUUUCCUUAGAGAUUAUUAACUGGUGUCCAUUAAGAGCAUACAAGGCCUCACAUCUCUUAAAAAUUUAA